UGCAACCUUCUGUCUUCCUGGAUCCCUUCGGCCCUGUUAAUGCUUAUCUGUGCCAUCCACCCCCACCACCCCCUUUGUGCAGGGACAUGCCUGCCCCUCACUUACUGGGCUAGUAUUAUGACUACAUUUCAGUGUGGGUGCCUGUAUGUGUUUGCAAGGGGCUAGAACUUGCAUCAUCAGCGCUGGCACCAGCCUUGCAGGGCUUCUCAUUUGAUCAUCCUGUAAUUGCGUUUAAUUAUCCUGACGAAUGUGCAGAAAUUUGCAAUCAGCUGGAGAACCUCAGGAGCUCUGAUUUCCACGGCUGCAGAGGAAACACGGGAGGGUUCGGCAUGAUGACUUGGCAUCCUGGGCUUUAGCGGCGUGGCAAGAUCAGGACAGGUGCUGCCUUGCUCGCGCUGUAUCCCACUCCCUCUCUCCUCUGGGAGAUCUGUGCUGGCUUCCCUGCCCCUGGCCUUCCCUCCCUUCCUCCCAGUCACUACGGAGGGGACGGGCCCGUUAUGGCCGGGGACAGACUCCCACGCAAAGUGAUGGAUGCUAAGAAGCUGGCCAACCUCCUGAGGAACGGGGCCGAGGGCACCUUGGUCAUUGACAGCCGCUCCUUCGUGGAGUAUAACUCCUGGCACGUCCUCAGCUCCGUCAACAUCUGCUGCUCCAAGCUGGUCAAGAGGCGGCUUCAGCAGGACAAAGUCUGCAUCAUGGAGCUCAUCCAGCCAGCCUCCAAGACGAAGGUGGAGGCGGAAGAGCACCAGGACGUGGUGGUCUAUGACCAGAGCACACGGGACGUGAGUGGCUUGGCUGCCGACAGUUUCCUCUUCAUCCUCCUGGGCAAGCUGGACAGCUGCUUCCACAAUGUCUCCAUCCUCACAGGGGGCUUUGCCACCUUCUCCUCUUGCUUCCCAGGACUCUGCGAAGGGAAACCAGCUGCCAUCUUGCCAAUGAGCAUCUCCCAGCCGUGCUUGCCAGUAGCCAAUGUUGGCCCUACCCGCAUCCUGCCUCAUCUCUACCUGGGCUCCCAGAAAGAUGUCCUAAACAAGGACCUGAUGACUCAGAAUGGAAUAAGCUAUGUCCUCAACGCCAGCAACUCCUGCCCCAAGCCAGACUUCAUCUGUGACAGUCACUUCAUGCGCAUUCCUGUCAAUGACAACUACUGUGAGAAGCUGCUUCCCUGGCUGGACAAGUCCAUUGAGUUCAUUGACAAGGCCAAGGUAUCCAGCUGCCAAGUGAUAGUGCACUGCUUGGCAGGGAUCUCCCGAUCAGCCACCAUUGCCAUCGCCUACAUCAUGAAGACUAUGGGCAUGUCUUCAGAUGACGCCUACAGGUUUGUCAAAGACCGGCGCCCAUCCAUAUCGCCCAACUUCAACUUCCUGGGCCAGCUCCUGGAGUAUGAGAGGAGCCUGAAGCUCCUCAAGGCCUUGAAGGCCCAAGGUGAUAGGAGUGAGGGGGAUGCCCAACCAGACCCAGCUGAAGUGCCUGAGAGCAACAGGCACCUGAAGCUUUCUACCUCAGAAAAGGUCGAGGACAUAUCGAAAAGCACAAGCUUGGCAUCCUCCCGCAGUGAGCCAGCAGGAGCUCCCAAAAUUGUCUCACCCACUGCACUACAGCAAGGACUCAACGGCCUACACCUGUCCUCGGAGCGCAUUCAAGACACCAACCGGCUAAAGCGCUCCUUCUCCCUGGACAUCAAAUCAGCCUACUCCCCCGGUCUGAGGCAGGACACCCCAGGCCCUGCUGACACCGGGGAAGCCCCCAAGCUUUGCAAGCUGGACAGCCCUUCUGGACCUAACGGCUUGUGCCAGUUCUCGCCCGUGCCAGAUAGUCCCGACUGGCCCAGUGGGCCGGACUUCCUGCUAGAAGCCAAGGUGAGGCAGAGGCGGAAACACAGGCAUCAGGCGGGCUCCCCUGCCCAUGGGAUGAGCCUCAAUUUCAGCGGGGUGUGUGCCAUGCACAAAAGCACCAGCGUGGAGGACAAUCUCAAGCAGACACUGCGCUUGAGCCUCCCUGGCGUGGGACAGCAGCCUACACAGCCAGCUGUGGCACCAAACUCUGCCGGCGGAGGGGGGGUAGGUGCCUGGGGUGUGCAUUUGGAAUCACCCAGCACCCCAUUGUCAGAGAACCCCUGGUACUUUAGCACAGACUCAGCAGUGGGCAGCGGCAGCGGCGGAGGGAGCGGGGCCUUGUUUGCCAGUGCUGCCUCGUAUUCCUCCUUCAGCUGCAGCACCCUGCAGGGCAGCUGUGAGAUCAGGUUGAGGGACAAGCAGAGGGCGGAACAGAGGGAUGGGCGGCACAGCUGGCACGAGGAUGCUGCCGCGGAGAAGCAGUUCAAGAGGAGGAGCUGCCAGAUGGAGUUCGAGGAGACCAUGUCAGAGGGCAGGUCCCGGGAAGACCUGGGCAAAAUAGGCAAACAGUCUAGCUUUUCGGGCAGCAUGGAGAUCAUUGAGGUGUCCUGACAUUCAUCCUGGGGCAUUGGAGAGUGAGGGGUGGAUAUUUAACUGGGAAGAGGCCAGGUGGGGUUGGGGUGGGGACAGUAUUUAUACCCGUGUGUGUAUUCGCAGGUGCACACACGCCAAAAUGAAACAAAGAUGAAUGAAUCCAAAGUCAGGAAACCUGACUGUGCAUGCUUAGUGCCCCUCCCCCUUCCCCACCUUGGCUGCAUUCCCUUUUGGGAGGGAUGAGCCUAUUAACCCUUUCACCCCUGGAUUCUUUGCCCCUUGGGCAGAAAGUGACUCACUGGGGUGAUGGAAGAGCGGAUCUUUGACCUGAAGUGGAGGAGAUGCUCAUCAUGUCUGAGCACCCCAGCGGUGUCAUUCUCAGCUUAAAAUUCUGAGCAGGGUUUAAUAUUUUCUCUGCAGAUGUGCAGUCAAAAAGUAGGAGUGUCUUCAUUUAGAAGAGAGCGUUAUCCUGACCAAUGGGAAAUGGCAGAGGCUUUGCUCACUCCAGCUCUCUGUCCUUUUGUAUCAGAGUGGGGGACGGAAUGUAGGUGGCUCCCUCCCAAGGGUGGGGUGGGGAUAUUUGCAUUAGCUCCUCCCCCUAAGCCUUUUUCUCAUCCUGGUGCACUAAGCAUGCUCUGCCUGUGUUUUUUCUGGCUAAGUAUCUUAAUAAUGCUGCACUACCGCAGCCCUAUACAUAUAUAAAUAUAUAUUAUAUAUAAUAUAAAAAAACCCACACAAAGAAAAAGGUAAAUGGUUUUACUGCAAUUUUUAUUGAGACGUAAAUAAUAUUUCAAUGGUUUUGUUUUUAAUUUAUUGAAGCUGUUCAUUCUGGCAAUGAUUUGCAGACAUUGUGGGGCGGUACUUUCAGCUCUAUUUUUACUGUCUAUGGUAUUUAAAUCUGAAACACGAGUUUCUAAGCAAUAUCCGCGGCCUGUGACUCCUUCUGUAGCGCACAUCAGCGACACGGACUCCCCAUUCCCUGUGCGCAAAGCAAAAACUGGGCAGGAAAAAUCUUUCAUGCACUUUUUAAAAAUGACAACAAAACAAAACAAAAUAUCUUCUUUCAACACAAACUGAGCAGGAAAUUCUCUCCUGAAAGCUGCUGCUUUACCUUUUGGUUCCUAUUUGAUUCUCUCUUGUCUCCAUCAAAACCAUAGAAUCUUUCCCUCUCCCAGUUUUGGGAUAGAAGGUCUGGCAUUGGUCUAUGGAAAAACCAGGGGGGAAGGGAGAGACUAUGUAAAAAACAGAGGAUGGGAUGUGGGGAAUGAGGGAGGAGAGGAGGCUUUUCAUUAAAGGGGCAGCAACCCAUACUGGGUUGUGUUGGAGAAUUUGGGGGUUACUAAGUCCUUUUGGAGAAAAAAUCACUCCCUAGAUAAUGCUCGAGUGGUUCUGGGUGGGCUGGACUAUCAUGAGCAACUGCCUUGCCACUUGCUCAGGGUGCUUCUGGGGAGGAGGUGGGGGCGAUAGUGUCCUGGAGAAAUAGGGAACACUUCUCACCCUUGUGCAUGGGUGAGAUUGUAAUGAAAAACCCUGGAGGCCCUGCUUUCCCCCUUCCAGUGUUACUCCACAUGGCUGUCCAGAGGGGCUGCACCCUGGCGGAAAAUACAGGCCUCAUCCUUAGGAACAAAUGGAGUUAUUUAUUGUAGUACCAGAAUGAACCCCAGGGGGUCCUGAGAACAGCGACAGGUUUGCCACUGCAAGAUAGUUAGACAGUUACCUCUGAGUGCUUAGCAUAAAGUAUUGCUCAGUACUCCAGCACCAGUUCUCUACACGUGUGUGUGUGUGUAAGCAUGAUCAUGGAGCGUAUCCAGCACUGGGGCUCCAGUGGGCGUGCAGGUGACAUGGGGCAGAGGAAAAACAGUCCAAAGACACAGGUGAAGCCAAUGAAAGACCAAACUGAAUGGCCACUUCAGGAAGGAAAAGAGAGAGAGGAAACGCCAGGAAAUGUAUUGAAAGGCUAAGAGCCAAACCCAAUAUUUGGGAUAUUAGUAUGAGGACAAGCCACUCCCUCCUUACCCCACCCCCAUCUCCUGUCUCCAAACCCACCCACCCUCCUGCAGCAGCAUCCUCCCACCCUCAGGUGUGUUGCUAAGAAGAUUGGUUUCACUGUUUUUCUUUUCCUGUUUUUUUUUCUUUUCCUGGGAUUUUGCUUCGGAGAGUUUCUGUUAAUUGACCUUUUCAGAGUAACUGAAGCGAAUAAUGGUUCGUUCUUACCCAGCAGAAGGCAGGGUGCCAACCUCCAAGGGAAUCUCUGCCAAAAACCCGUCUCCCUCUGGGAGUUCGGAUGGGUAAAGGGUGAGGAUUUCCUAGGGAAGGCCUCCUGCGUGGGGUUCUUCUCUUGAUUUAUUUUUUUAGAAGUGGCGUCGGGCCCAGGUGGGACCUUUACGAUAACACAGGUGUUGAGGAAGGGCCAGGUCCUGCUAUUACUGAAGCCAAGGGUACAAGAGAGAGCCCUCAAGGAGGCCAAUGAGCACAGUGCAGAAAGCUUCCAUAAGUUAGCAAGCGCAGUCAAGAGAAAAAUGACAAAGGGGCACAAGUGGCUUCUGUUCUGAUUCUCAGACACUUUUGGCUGCUUCUCCUCUUUAUGAAAGCCCCUGUUUUAAAGGGGAGCAAAGCCCUCGCCCCCAAAACUGUGUUUCUCCCACGCAGCGGGAUGCUUAGACCUUGCUGCUGAGACACUGCUUGGUGUUAUGGGCACAGAUCUAUCUCUGCUGCAAAGCACAUUUCGCUCUCUGUAGCUUUCCUCCUUUUAGUAUCAUGCUGGUUUCCAAGCCAAUACCUCAGGGGUUUUUGUUCAUGUGUGUGUUGUGUGUGAUUUUAGACCCCCCCCCCCAGCUCUUUUUUUUUUCACCUUCCCUUCUUUUUCUUUUGUGUUUGUUUGUGUUUAUUUUCAAAACAAACUACACAAGACAAAAAUAAUGAUCUCAGGUUUAAAACAUAACCACAGACCGAAGCCGUGAGGAGCUGCAAUAAUAAUUAUAAUGUUCUGGUGGCAUCAGAUUGUCACUUUCCUUAUGAUCAUUGUCUGUCUCUGCUGAUGUGCGUGUGUCCUUGGCGGAUGGGAGAGGGGAAUCUCCAAGGAGCCUUAUGACUGGCAUUAGGCUUCUUGAUUAUUUUUUUUUAAAGGAGUUAAGUGAGAAGCAUGGAAACCUCAAAUAAUCCCUUCUGGUACCCCGAAAUAUGCUGGAGUUGGUAGUGGGGAAGGGGAAAGUUGGGUGAUUAAAUUCGUUUGAUUUACCAUAUUGAAGUAUUAAUAAAAUGCAAGUUUUGAUGAUGGUUGGAUCCCUCUGCCUAUCCCAUCCCUCUUUCUCCUACAGCUAUUUUGAAAGGGGGAGUAGAUACUCAUUUUAACGCUCUCUCUUAAAAAAAAAACCACAGCAUCCAUAUUUCUAGUGAGCACCUCAAAUCAGCAUCAGUGUUGCCGACUACUAUGUUUUUAGGAAGCAGGCAGAACCCUUCCCCUUUCUUUCUUGCAUUCCCGUCCAGCGUAGAGAUUUGGUGUGUGGGGACAACGGGGAGGCGGUGAUUCUAAGGGAACUGGUGUAUUACAUAGCACCCUGGCUCGAUCGGGAGGCUUAUGACAAAGAAAAGCUUUCAAAGGGCUUCUUGAGCUUUUAACCACUGAGACCCCACUAACCACUGGCUGCAAUAUGACCUGUCUCAGGUUUUAACCCUUUUGGGGCUGCCAGUCUUCUUCUCUCUCACUCUGUGCUGCAUUUUCGGUGAAAUUUGAAAAAUUCUAGCCAGCCCUAGAGCUAGUCACAAAAAAGAGAACAAAUGGUUGUCUACAUUUUUUCCCCCCUUUUUAAAUUUCAACAUAUAAAUUCAGAGAUUCUCAGCCAAGCCAGGUCAUUUGGCUGGUCAUUCCCAGACAGCAAGAGGUUACACUGUGAAAUAUGUUAGCAAGACAGCGUUUCCAUGUUCACAUCUUACCGAUGUUCUAUAAGCCUAGUACAGGAUCAUGCACCACAAAUGGAGAAUCUCCAUUUGUAUCCUUGUUGCAUUCCACCUGACCUGAAAGCAGGGCUGACAUAUACAGAAGUGUCUCCAUAGAGAACACACAGCUUCUUUGACCAUUUCAACAGUAUUGAUCAGCAGUCCUAAAGGAUACUUGCCUUAUGACAAGGAGAAGAGCCAUCCGGCUGCUUAGCAGCAGUAAAUGACUCACUCUUGUUCUGCAAGUCACACGGACAUUUGUUUGUGUAAGAUCUGCCCUUGAUCUUCCAAGGGUUGGUGCACUAGAACUGG